ACAUAUCAAUUAGGAUUUAUAUGAUUCAUUAUGGGUUUCCAGUGUGUCUGUAAGAAUUGUCCAUAAACAAAUAGACAGACUGGCUACACUGAAUACCAGCGGGAGAUAGUAAGCGCUACUGUGUGUGGUAAUCGCCUCGGAGCCAGAACAGCACUGUAGCCAACACCGCUCCAACUAAGGAAAACUCCACGCUCCAAAAAUCCCGAUAGGAAAAGGAAGCGACGUCACCGCGAGGAUCCUCCGUGACGUCACACGUUCAAGUUCGAAUCCGGGCAGCACUCCUCGAUACUAAUGUGCGUUGUGUUGUUCUUUUUUUUCUCGCUCUUUUGUGACGUAGCCCCGGCUCCUGCCCGCUGAUUGGUCGAGGCGGGGAGAGAAGCACACAAGCUCCUCCCGCGGAGUCCCCGCCCCUCAGACGGUGUCCAGAGCAGUAAGCCGCAAGCGCUGGGCUUAGAUUUCAUUGAGGAGCCUUUUUAAAAAUGGCACUGCGCUUGCGUGUAAUCUUGCCCUAUACCAUCCCUGGAGUGCUGGCACUUCUUGGUUGGUGGUGGUUCUUUUCAAGGAAGAAAGAUGACAGUCAUCGCAAACACAAACGGGUAACUGCCACCACAGAUGUGCAAGCAGACAGUGUCCUGACAGAACUUGGCCCCUCAUUAGAAAUUCAAAGCAAUUCAAGGGCACAACUUGUGCAGCUGGACAAGAAUGCCAGCGCUCCACAGGGCACAUGCUUUGUACCUCCAGUAGCACAGAUAACUACUUUGGUUGAUCUGCAGUUUGAUAGUAAGGCUGAGGAUAUCUUAAGCAAGGAUUCUGACAUCCAAAAUAUGGUUUUUGACUCAUUACAACAGUCUUCUACGGAGUGUGAUAUUGAGCUGUGUUUAGUGGAUGCGGAUAAAGUGUGUACAACAUCUACAGAAUAUUUACAGAAAAAUUCCUUAGAAGUUAUCCAGAGCAUUCAGUCAGAACAACUGCUCAUGGUGCCUUCUACUGGAGAUGAACAGCCUUGUAUUGAUGAGAUAGAAACAGUGGUUAAAAUGUCUGUUCUAGUACAGUGCCCUCAGUCAGUUGCCAGUGAGACAACCAUGGGAGAAAAAGGCAAAAGUAGUUCCCAGUUUCCUAGAUGUUAUCAGCCGGAGUUGGAGGCAGAGUCUCAACUACUAAAGCAAGAUCAGUUGUCUCCUUCCUUGGAGCUAGAGAACUCUGAACUUGUGGUUGAACCUGUAACCUCAGAGACUGCAGAAUGUCUAUCAACAGAUCAUCUAUCAAAUAUAAAAUCUGUAUGCACGGAGGUAAUGAGAGAGGGAAAUUGUACUGACAUAUUGGAUGCUUUUUCUCAGUGUUUGGAGAAAAGUGAAGAAGGAAAUGCUAAAACUUUUUUGGGAGACUAUGAGGCAAAGAUAGUUGAGCAGCUGGCCAUAAACAUCAUAUCCAAAGUGAUUGUAGCUGCUAAGCAGGAAAUUCUGGCUAGUUCAACAAGCGAGAUUUCAGAUGGCAGUUGUCAAGUACUUGAUGAGGAAAGUGGAGAGAUGCUACUAAAAGAUGCUUAUGGUCAGAAAACCACACCAGAGACAAGUGAUAUAAAUGUUGACCUGCAUAGCAAAAGUUGUGGAGCAAUGGAUUCCACCUGUGACUCUACACAAACAGAACAACCCCAAGUGGAGGACAUUCAAAUUAAUGCAGUAGAUAACGAAGAGGACUCUACCCAGGAAUCCAUGAACAUGGAACAAUCCCAAGAGUAUAGGGGCACUGCUACACUUGAUAAAGCAAUGGACUUUGCCAGUGAUAUGGACUCUUCCUGUGAGUCUACACAAACAGAAGGAUCCUUAGUGGAAAACCUCUCAAGCAUUUCUGUCACAAGUAAGGACUCGUGUCCUCAAAAAACAGAUGAAGUGCAGAUUACUUCAAGUAAAUCCACACAACAGACCUAUACCAUACCAAAUUUAAGUCCAGUUCAUAAAAAAGCAGAUUUUCUCGAGUCGCAGGCCACUAUGGAAGAUUCCAGUGUUAGCGUUUGCACAUCAGAAGAUGGCAUCAGCAUGGAUGAUCAUUUGCAAAGCACUGCACUGUCAAGUGUUGGCGUUGGCUUCUAUGACUCAUUAAGUUCAUCAGGCAUUGAGUUAUCACAGGAAACUUUUAAUGUGUCCAGUGAAAAAAUAAAAAAGACAACAGUUGAAAAUGGUGUACCAUACAGUAAUGGAGAAGUGAAGACCAGUUCUCUUAACUUGAAAAAUGAAGGCCCGUGGACUGGUGAUGGAGAUGUAGAUCAUUCAGUAGGUUCGGAUGUGAAUAGUAUGGACUCUGUGGACAGUGGUUUUGCUCUGGGAAAGACAGAACAAGUCCAGAAUGUAAAAGAGAAGAUAGAAGUUAAAAAGGCUGAGCUUGCCAUCUGGGAGAUUGAAGUGCCAAAGCAUUUGGUUGGCCGCUUAAUUGGUAAACAGGGCAGAUAUGUAAGCUUCCUGAAGGAGUCAUCUGGUGCCAAGAUUUAUAUUUCUACACUGCCUUACACGCAAGAUUUCCAAAUUUGUCACAUAGAAGGAUCCCAGCCUCAGGUCGACAGAGCACUGAGUCUAAUAGGAAAGAAGUUUAAAGAACUCAACCUAACUAACAUCUAUGCACCUCCCCCUUCUUUAGCAUUACACUCACUUCCCAUGACAUCGUGGCUUAUGCUUCCAGAUGGUGUCACAGUUGAGGUGAUUGUGGUUAAUGUGGUCAAUGCAGGACACAUGUUUGUUCAACAGCAUACGCAUCCAACAUUUCAUGCACUUCGUGGCUUGGAUCAGCAGAUGUAUCUCUGUUACUCUCAGCCUGGUGUUCCAACGUUGCCCACACCUGUAGAAGUUGGAGUAAUUUGUGCAGCACCAGCUGGAGAUAAUGCUUGGUGGAGGGCACAGGUGGUGGCCUACUACAAAGACUCUGAAGAAGUAGAGAUACGGUAUGUUGACUACGGUGGUUAUGAAAGGGUCAAGAUUGAAAUACUGCGACAGAUCAGGUCAGAUUUUGUUACACUACCCUUUCAAGGGGCAGAGGUUCUUCUAGACAACGUGAUCCCGCUUGCAGAAGAGGAUCACUUUUCAGCAGAAGCAGAUGCUACCGCAAAUGAAAUGACAAGGGGCACAGCCUUGCUUGCACAGGUUACAAAUUAUGAUGCUGCAACAGGACUUCCACUUGUGCAGUUAUGGAGUAUGAUGGCAGAUGAGGUGUUGUCCAUCAACAGGACUCUUGUGGAGAGAGGCUUUGCACAGUGGAUAGAGAGCUAUUAACAGUUCUAAUGCGGUUUACUUGCACCAUUUCAGGCUUGGUAUGGUUUCCCCCUUCCCUCAUUUUUGGUCUACGGUUAAAUAUAUAAAAAUCAAAAAAUCAUGCAAAAGACUGAUUUUUUUAAAAGCCAUAUAUUUGUAGCUCUAAGCAUCUUACUGUUGUCCAUAAUGGUAGCCCUGAAAGCGCCACCAAACACUGUUCUUUGGUCAUCUUAUUUCCCUUUGGAUGAGUCCUUCAGGAUGAAGUACAGUCAUGUUGCAUAUUUUAUAUAAAAGAUGAAGUAUGCAAAUAUAAGAAGUGUUACCAUAAGAGAGUGCCAGACGAGUUACAUAUGGAACUGAAUGAUUGUCUUUGUACACGUACCACUCAUGUAGCACCCUGCCUGCCAAGCCUGAUUGUAAUUUAUUUUGUAGCUGUGCAAAUCCUUUGUAAAUAUAUUGACUCAAGAACUGAUCACUGUAAUAUUUUUGUAUCUGAACGCUGUAAAGAGAAAGGGAAUUUUGCAGUUUCCACACUACUUGUCAUCUGUCCCUCAAUACUGUAGCACAGAAACUCACUGAUGAAUUUAGAAUGUGUUCUCUGUGCACAUGUGUGGCUUGUUGUCAUAUGGUCUGAUGUUGCUGUGAUCUAAUUUGCUAUACUCUGCUGUACAGAUGUAAAAAGUUACAAAAAAUGAAGUUGCAUUGGUGUGCCCUUUUUUAUUUCUUGACAAAUGGAUUUUUAAACAUGUCAAAGUAAUAUAAAUCCACUGGAAAGGUAUUGUAAAAUGGAUAUUUUUUCCUAAGCCUGUUGUGAGCGGGGUUGAUUAAAAAUAAAGCACUGAACGGGAAGCAUUAA